UCCUAACGGGUUGCCUGUCGGCAGGAGUUUAGUCGGUGCCGGUCCCGAAACGCGUUCACGUCUGGACAUUAUACGGGACACGAUAUUUAAAAUGGCAAUAGACAUGUACAUUUGAUAGGACUGUCGAUUCGAGGGGAUUACCGACUCGGUUCAACCAGAACAAUACGGCAUAAUGAGCGGCUGACGAGGUGUAAUAACGACGCGAUAUGAACGGAUAGUCGAGGGACCGGUGUUUUUUGCCAGUUUAUCCCUUGAAAUUCCAAAACGAGCCAAUUUCGGAAGGGGUGGGGGGGGAUAUCGUGUGAUAUCGUUUUCCGUUCAAUCAACUUCUUGUUAGUUUUCCGCGCGAGAUAGACGUGGUGUGUGGUCAGUCAGGCAUUCUAAUGGCACGCCCGUGACCAAUGAUAUCCCAGGAUAAAGGCGGGAGAGGAAGAAAGCGAUUCUCACCUUAGAGGAAAGAGGGAGAAGAAAAUAUGGGAAAGGGAGACAAGAGGGGUAUCGCGCAGCGCAGCGACGCGGGCACAAAUCUUAUGGGCAAAUUUACACAAAGUGUCCGAAGAAUCGUCCAAGAUGUAAAGGAUGAAGGAACAUCGAGUGGACAAACUAAGGAAGAGGUGAUUGAAACGAACGAGAGACUAAGAAUCGUGAGGAUACGCCUCGAUGGCAGUUACGAGAUUGCUAAACGUGCCCUCGUUGAACUUAUGUGCAAAUAUACCGACAGCAAGCAAGUACGCAACGUGUUCCAACGUUACAACCUCUUGAAACUAAUGAUCAAGGAUGUGAUCAAGUUGGAGACCCAAUACUGGACCCUGGUGGAUAUACCGAAGCAGGAGAAACAGGAGACCGUGCCUGCCUUUGUCCUGCGCGCCUGUUCCAUUAUGGAGAAGACCCACAAAAGCGGGGAAGGUGUGAAGACUUCGGCCCGGCUGGCCGAAGAAGCUGAAACCAAGAGAGAACGCAUUGAAAGACUCGAGAGUAUGACAACAGCCCAAAUCGAAGCAGAGAACACGCAAAUGACUAACGACCUUUAUAGAUUGUUGAAAAAAUAUACAGGACUGAGAAACCUCAUCCGAGACUUAAAGGAGGAGUACAAUAGCUCAAAAGUGUAUCCAAUCUUUCCUCGUUACCCAAUCCUAAAGGACAUGAUCAAGGAUAUAAUGCACAACCCAGACUAUAUGGAGGUCUGUCACGAGGUGGAUCAAGCAUAGCGGCCAGACCCCCUCCACCGUUCUCCACGUAUGACCUUGUAAAUUUCAAGGUCUUAGCGUGGACGUUGGUGAAGGGGGUGAACCGGAAACGAGCCUGGACAUGGCUCACUUCAUCCAUGGUGAACUGUAUUCACCGUGCCAAUUCUGUAAAUUUUUUUCUUCACAACUUGAUAAUAUCCUCUCUAUGGACAUUUAUAUAUACAUAUCUGUGUUCGUUAUUUAUUCGAUUGUGUACCGAUACAAAUUUAUGAGGAUACAUCACGUUGUGUUACACCUAUUUUUCAAGUUGAUUUCAAUAUUCUAUUUAUAGCUUGUGAAUUAAAGAAAUAACAAUAGAGAAUGAAGGGGAAGAAAGAAGUAAGAAAGAAGAGAAAUUUUUAUUAGCAAGUUUGAAGCAUGUUGGCUUUUAGUGUAAUCGAGUAUGUUUGUCGUGUAUUUAUUUAUGGAAUCAUCAGAGAUCUGUUACUUGCCCCAUGAUGCUAGCAGAACAAUUUGAAUCGAAACGAUGAAAUCCAUUAAUUACACUGUCGAAAUAAUCCCUUUCAAUUCUUUGAUCACGAGAAUCAAAGAAUUGAAAGGGAAGAAGAGGGGAUCUGUUGGUAUUUUCAAAAAUUUUUAUACUUUCCAAUAUUACAAUAGUUUCAAGUAUUCUUAUUUACUACACACUGUCGAGCAAUAUUAAUAAAAAUAAAAAAAGAAAAAAAGGUAAAAAAAAAAAAAAAAAACAACCAAAAGUAACAGAACGAGAAGUAAUCCCACAAACACACACAAAGAAGAAAUAAAAAUUGAUGGUCAUAGUUUUUCUUAAUUCCAGUCGGAAUAGCCGCUUGCACGUUGAAACACAAAAAAAAA